GCCCUGCAGGCCUGGCAGGAAGCGGCCCCGCGGAGGAGGCGCGCGGCGGUGACGUAACGCGCGGCGCGCGGCGGUGACGUCAGACACCGAUGGCGGCGGCCGCGCUGGACGCCUGGCAGGAGGCGGCUCCGCGGAGGAGGCGCGCUGCGGCGCGGGGGCCGAAGCGGAGGGCGGCGGCGGCGGCGGCCCGCGGCCCAGAGGCGGAGCCCGAGGCGGACUUCGUGCUUCGUCGCCUCCGCGAGGCCGAGCAGGACCUGCUGUCCUCCGAUCUCUGGAGCUCGGCACGAGAAGCCAUCUGCCAUUGUGUCACAAAGCAGCUGCGACAGCUGGAGGCUCCCGUCGGGACCCUUCCAGAAGCUUUCGGCAGCCUGUAUCUUGACUCACCACCAGCAGAGCCAGAGGGGGUCACUGGCUGCCACCCAGGAGGGGGUCUGGCCAGGGGCACCCACAGGAUGCAGUGUGUGUGUUACGGCCUGGGGAACUUUGCCACCUGUGUCACAGCCCGCAGCCAGCUCGCCUUCCUGCUCCUCUUCCUGGAAGAGUGCCAGAUUCCCAGAAGUCAUUGCUGGGUCUAUGACCCUCUGUUCAGCCAGCUCGAGACCAGUGUUCUGAGCACCCUCCAUCUGGCCGUUCUGCGUGAGAAUGAGGAGGGGAAGCGCGGCGUGAGUGGAGAGUGCACUGUCUUCUACAUGCCGCACUGUGGGACAGCCUUGUACAACAAUCUGCUGUGGAGCAACUGGACGCCUGACGCCCUCUCCAGCAUGCUGAUCAUCGGGAACAGCUUCGCGGGCCUCCAGGACAGGUUGCCGACGAGGGUCCUGCAGGAGAGUUACCCCUACAUUGCCAAGGUCCUGGAGGCCUUGCACGAGCUGCCACUCCCUCAGACCCCGCGCUACUCAGACACCUUUAACGACACCUCCAUCCACUGGUUCCCCAAAAAGAGGCUGGAGCGGCUCCCCAGGGACCUGUGGGCAUUCAGGGAGGAGCCUGACUACCAAGGCUGUGAGGACCUUGAGAUCAUUAGGAAAGGGACAACAGAUCCUCCCGCUGUGGACCUGAACGGGUGACGCCAGAGCAGGAGCUGCCAGC